AUGCCACUAAUAUCUGCCCAUAUACCGGAGGUUCCCCCAGACGCGGACUGGGAGACAAGGCAUAUGAUAGAGGAACAUCAUAUUUCGGACUUCGAUGCCGCCUCCUUCUUCCUUCUGCAUGACUACGACAGCACUGGAACAUGGACUCCCGAAGAAGUGCGAAAGACGUAUGGUCUCGACGACGAAUCUAAUUCUAAUUUAACCGAAGACCGAAAGAAACAAAUCUUGACUGAGGUGUUUGCGAUCUUUGAUCCAAAAAGGACUGGCGUGAUCACAAAGGAAGAGUGGCUGAGACUCUCCAAAGAGGGCAAGAAACUUCCCGACUUUGGCGUCGGCCCCGGACAUCACGGAGAUAUGGAGUAUGAAUAUGAGAUUCACCACUUCGAGAAAUACCAUGGUGAAAAUGCAAGGCCGGAGGAUCUAACGCAUCCGGAGGACAUUGAGCAUUUCCGCAGACAUGACGAGGAGGAGCACGCCCAGAACAAACUCGACCAACUUCAGAUGAUGUCUAUAGUGGAGGCAAACAUCCCCGAGAAGUUUAAGAGGAGCGCCUCUUAA